AUGUACAAUCCCAACCUUGUCAGUUCAGUACAAAAUCAAAUGGCUGGACUCUCUCUCGGAAGCAAUCCAGCACUUGAAACCAAAGUAGAACUCUACAUAUCUUGUAAUAAUUUGAAAAACAAGGAUUUGCUAUCCAAGUCUGAUCCUUGUUGUGUGGUGAAAAUGGGAGAGAGACAAUUGAAUGGAGACUAUCAUUGGCAAGAUUUGGGAAGAACAGAAGUUCAGAAAGAUAACUUGAGUCCUAAAUUUACCAAGACAUUCAUUGUCACUUAUAAAUUCGAAGAAAUCCAACCACUCAAAUUCCUUCUCUAUGAUAUUGACAAUUCCACUAUUGAUUUAAGUGAUGAUGACUUUUUGGGAAGUUGUGAGGUGAAAUUGAGCGAAAUUGUUUGUGGUCCAGGAGGUUCUAUCACAAAAACACUCAUAUGUAAUCACGGAAAUGGUGGAACUAUCACUAUUAGAAGUGAGCAAAAAUCCAAAGUCAAAGAUCUAUUGGUGACACUUGAAUUAGAUGGCAAAGAUUUGGCAAAGAAAGAUUUGUUUGGUAAAAGCGAUCCAUAUUUCAUUCUUUCAAAGAUGAUGGGGAACGAUUAUGUGGAUAUUUACAAAUCGGAAACGAUCAUGAACAAUUUGAAUCCACACUGGAAAGGUUUUACUUUACCACUCCAAAAGUUAUGUAAUGGAAAUGAAAAUCUUCCAUUAAAACUUCAAGUCUUUGACUGGGACAAGCACUCUGAUCCCGAUUUUAUUGGAAGUGUUGACUUUACAUUUCAACAAUUAAAACAAGCCGAAACAAAUAGAACUGCACUCAAUGUCAUUGAUGAUGGCAGCUACACCAAGAAAAAGAAGCCCCCAAAAACCACUGGUAAAAUUUCAGUUCGAAAAAUAACAUUUACUGAACCAGAAGAAGAAUACACAUUUUUAGAUUAUUUGGCAGGUGGUUUGGAAAUUUCCCUUUUGGUUUCCAUUGAUUUCACAGCCAGCAAUGGAAAUCCAAACGAUCCUAAUAGUUUACAUGCAGGUGGAAAGUUCAAUGAGUAUGAAAUGGCAAUCAAAGCUAUUGGAGAUAUUUUAGCAUAUUAUGAUAGCGAUAAGCUCUUCCCAGCAUUUGGUUUUGGAGCUAAAAUGCCAAACGGUCAAGUGUCGCAUUGCUUUGCCCUCAAUGGUAAUCCUAGCAAUCCAAAUUCAGUUGGAGUUGAUGGUAUUUUACGUGAUUAUAGACAAGCCCUAAAUACUGUUGAAUUAUAUGGUCCUACUAAUUUUGCACCAACCAUUCAAACAGCCAUCAGUCUGGCUUCCCAAGCAUCCAUUGAACUCAGCCAACAAAACCAAAAAUACUUGAUACUAUUGAUUAUUACUGAUGGUGUCAUUACAGACAUGCCAGACACUGUUAAGGCCAUCAUUUCUGCAUCUCGAUAUCCACUGUCGGUGGUUAUUGUUGGGGUGGGAUCCGCCGAUUUUUCCUCAAUGGAAACUUUGGAUGGAGAUGACAAGAGAUUACAGUAUGGUUCUGAAGUGGCCUUCCGUGAUAUUGUUCAAUUUGUUCCUUUCCGUAAAUAUAACUCUCAGAAUUAUAUCAAUCUAGCUCGUGAGACCUUGAAAGAAGUUCCACAACAAGUGUGUGAAUACAUGAAACAUAUGAAGAUUAAGCCCAAUAAGAGAGUUUAG